CCACCCGGCCGCGGCCCCUGGCGCCCCCAGGCCGCGGCGUCCGGCGAGGAGUGUCGGCGAGGCCCGGCCGCGGGGCGGGGCCGGCGGGAGCGCGAUCUCCGCCGCCGCCGCUGCCUCCGCCUGCCGCUCGGGCCGCCCGCUCGCCGCCGCUGGGUGCGCUGCACGCGGGGGGCAGCGCGGUGCAGAGGUUCAUGCAGCAGCGGCGGCGGCGGCGGCGGCUGCUGCUGCUGCCGCCGCGGAGGCAGACAGACCGGGCGCUGCCGCCGCCGCCCUCCCCCGGCUCCAUGCAGCCGCCGCCACCUCCUCUCCGGCGAGGGGCGGGGGGCUCCGGCCCCGGGUGGGCGCCACUCCGCGCAGCGCCGCUCCCCUCCCUGCCCUCCGCCCGGGUGCCGGAGCCGGCGAGGGCGCCCGCCGCCUCCUAGGAGCGCACGCUCCGCGCGCCCUGCUGGAGCGAGGGGGCGGGCGUGGGCGGGCGUCCGGGCAGCCGGCGAGAGGAGGGGGCUUCCCCGAGGAUGCCCGGCGGCCGCACCUCGCCCCGAGGCGCGAGCUGAGCCCGACCGGGACCAAGCGGCGCGUCGCCAUGCCGGCGUGACGGGCGCCCCCGGCUGCCCGCGCGGGCCCCCACGCUGCCCCACGCCGAGCCGCGCCGGCGCCGGGCGGCAGGAUGGGCUGUAUCCAAAGCAUCACCUGCAAGGCGCGGAUCCGGCGCGAGAACAUCGUGGUGUACGAUGUGUGCGCCACCAUCGACCAGUGCCCCACGCGCAUCGAGGAGACCUCGCCCAUCGUCCUGCGCUACAAGACCCCCUACUUCAAAGCCUCGGCCCGCGUGGUCAUGCCCCCCAUCCCCCGCCACGAGACCUGGGUGGUGGGCUGGAUCCAGGCGUGCAACCAGAUGGAGUUCUUCAACACCUACAGCGACCUGGGCAUGUCAAGCUGGGAACUGCCCGACCUGAGGGAAGGGAGAGUAAAAGCCAUCAGUGACUCAGAUGGGGUGAGCUACCCUUGGUACGGGAACACCACGGAAACCGUGACCCUGGUCGGCCCCACCAACAAGGUCUCCAGGUUCUCUGUCAGCAUGAAUGACAACUUCUACCCCAGUGUGACGUGGGCGGUGCCCGUGAGCGACAGCAACGUGCCACUGCUCACGAGAAUCAAGAGGGACCAAAGUUUCACCACCUGGCUGGUGGCCAUGAAUGCCACCACGAAGGAGAAGAUCAUUCUGCAGACCAUCAAGUGGAGGAUGCGGGUGGACAUUGAGGUGGACCCUCUUCAGCUCUUGGGGCAGCGGGCCCGCUUGGUGGGCAGGACUCAGCAGGAGCAGCCCCGAAUCCUAAGCCGGAUGGAACCCAUCCCCCCCAACGCACUAGUGAAGCCCAAUGCCAACGAUGCCCAGGUCCUCAUGUGGCGGCCCAAGCGGGGGCCACCCCUGGUCGUGAUCCCUCCUAAGUAGAGGCAGACUGUCCGACUGUGGAGCAAACUCCAGGAGGCACUCAGUGAGAUUGCCAGGUGGCAGGAGCCACGCCAAGUCUGAGCCAAAGCAGACCUCUCAGCUGGCCAGCCCCCCGCAGCCGCCGUGAAGAGCGAGUCCUUAGGAAAUGCCCCUUCCUCGUAGGAGUAGGGAGUCACUGAUCGACAGGCUUGCUGUGACUGUCUGCAAGCAGCCACGUUUGGAGCUGAUCAGGACGAUUCCUUUAUUUGACUAUUGCCCAUUUCUGCCCUGUGAGAUGCAGGGUACGGAAGUGCAACUAAACAGUGCCUGUGGCAAACGCUGCUUCCCAACCAGCGGGACGCGGAGUGAAAACAGCGAACCAGGUGUUUGUGAGACUUGGUCCCUCUGGAUGGAGGGGCUGGGGAAUGGGUGGCACAGGUGGUGGAGGAGAGGGGGAGGGGAGAGCGGGCCAGCCUGUUGUCAGUUGGCCCAGCUUGGGACACGCACUGGAAAGCAGGGAGCACUAGCAGGCCGGAGGAAUCCGGGCCUCCUGGGAACUGUCCAGGGUGCUGACGCACAGCAAACGAUGCAGACGCACCGCGUCCCCCUCGCCAAAAAGGAGGAGCCGGGCGUCCUCAGGCACAGUCUGGACGCACAGUCCUGCUUCUGCAGCAGCCCUGUGUUUGGGCCCCGCGUGUUUUUGGUGGAGCCCAAACUGAUUUUGUUUACAGCUGCUUAUUCUUCUCCCAUCACCAGCCCUAACUUUACAAAAAAAGAUUGAUAAGCCAUGAAUCCGUGGAGGGUUUCAGCAUUUCAACAGGCAAGAACGGUGUUUUCAGGUGUGGUUUUUUUGUUUUUUUGUUUUUUUUUUUUUUUUUAGCCUCUGAAUGAUUUGAACACAUGCAAUGCACACGUAUAUGCACACACAUGCACACGCACAGGCAUGCACCCAGCAUGUGACUGACGUGCCAGAUGUGCCUGUGUAUGUACCGUGGCCUCAGCACACAGUGACAAGGCCGUUUCCCACAAUGUUUCCUACAGCUCACCUUCACAGAGAUGCACCUGGGGCAUUGGGGGAAGGUGCUUCCUAAGUGUAGCAUCAGCUCCUUAGUGAAAAUCUGGGCUGUUCACACAGGGGGCCUGUGUGGCUGAGACCCAGCCAGCAGGGAUGGGAGGCCUGGCUUCCUCCUUCCUUCCGUUGGGCCCCUCUGAAACUCCUUAAACAGU